CUUUACACAGGCCUGCCCAAUGGCAAAAUCGACUCAGCUUUGUGGAGCGGAAGCUGCAACUUGCAAGGCCGAAGCAUGGUGCAGGAAUUUAGGUACAAUCUCAUGGUGCACACUACACAGGUCUUUCUCGCAAGGCACUGUACUAGAAGCUAUUAGUAUUCCGUUGUAACGACAGUAGAAAUUAGAAUCCAAAAGAGUUCUUGCGCUUGCAAGCCAAGUCAGAGAUCUGUUCUUCUGACUGCAACAGGGGCAAAGCUCAGGCGUGGCUUGUCUGGUCAAGCUCACAGAGCACUACAAUUCUUGGCCUCAAUGCUGCAGAUCGUAUUUUGUGAGGCAUAAAGUGUGACCAACAAUCUUGGAGCCAGGUCAAUACUUACUUCUCCACCGCAAGGAGCCUGGCAAGAUGAGCGUUCUCUUGGCUGUCAAUGGCACCCUUAUGAGGGGGCUAGAAUUGAAUCCAAACAUGGUAGCUGCCAAAGCACAAUUUGUGCGGGAAGACAGCACUGCUCCCCAGUACCGCAUCUUCUCGAUCAAUGACAAGCAUCCAGGAAUGGUUAGAGUUGGCAAAGAUGAGUCUGGAGCUUCAGUUGCUUUGGAGGUGUGGGACGUCCCUGCGGAGGGGUUGGUGUCCAUACUCACAAAGGAGCCUGCUGGCCUCAGCAUUGGCAAAGUGGUGCUAGCUGGCGGGGACGAGAUCUUGGGGGUUCUUGCAGAGCCUUUCUUGACGGAGGGCCAGAAAGACAUCACCUCAUAUGGCGGAUGGCGGGCAUACACUGCUGGAGGGGUUGGGAAGCCAUUGCCGGCCCCUCUCCAAGUGGACGCAGAGCCUUACAAGUGGCCCUGGAACGGAGACCUGCGACCCGAUAAUACGGUGUUCAUCAUCAUCGACAUGCAGGUCGACUUCUGCGGAAAGGGCGGCUACGUCGAUCAGAUGGGCUACGAUCUCUCGCUUACCCAGGCGCCCAUCAAGCCCAUCAAAUCGGUGCUGGACGCGUGUCGCAAACUCGGGUACCACGUGUUCCACACCCGGGAGGGCCACCGGCCGGAUCUCGCGGACCUGCCCCAGAACAAGCGUUGGCGAUCGGAGCAGAUCGGAGCGGGGAUUGGUUCCAAGGGGCCUUGCGGCAGAAUCCUUACCAGGGGGGAGCCCGGCUGGGACAUCAUCCCGGAGCUGUACCCCCUGGAAGGAGAGCCAAUCAUUGAGAAGCCGGGGAAGGGCUCGUUCUACGCGACCGAUCUGGACAUGCUGAUGCGGCUCGCCAAGAUCCAGAACAUCGUGCUGGCAGGAAUCACUACCGACGUCUGCGUCCACACCACGAUGCGCGACGCCAACGACCGGGGCUACGAGUGCCUUUUAUUGACGGACUGCACCGGGGCAACCGACCCUGCCAACCACUUGGCGGCUCACAACAUGAUCAAGAUGCAGGGAGGCGUCUUCGGGGCGAUUGCCGACUCGACGGCAUUCAUAAAAGCAAUUGAGUCGCGGAGUCCGGGAGGCCCGAGCAAGGCAAAAGCAAACGGGAUCGCCCACGCUUAGGCCGAAGUACUCCUAAAUGGACUCAAGUGUUUGUUAAAUGGCAUGUUGCUACUCGUCGGGCUAUAGUCAGGAUUUGUUUGGACCGCUGGAAUGUGUGAAGAUACGUGGCGCUUAAAACUUUUUGUUAUACUCUCAGCACCUUAGAAGUAAGAGUAACGCGUCAGCACAAGAAUCUUUGCAGAUAAUAAUCCGCAUGUUGGAGAGGAUAAUUCUCGAGGAAUGAACCACGCGUACCAAUCUCAAUACGCGUGCCGCGAGGCCUCGCACAUCCCAGGAUCAAAAUCACUGACU